UAAUUUUCAUUCAAGUAUAAAAGCAACAACUUCGUCACCGUAUUGCAUCAGUCCAAAAAAGAAACAGCUAACUAUGAAGAUCGCGUUGUUGUUGUUGGCAGUAUUCGUCUGCGUGCAGAUAGCGAUCGCAGGCGUGAGUAUAGAAGCUAGAAAGGAAGGGGAUGCGUCUGCAGAAAGCUCCGGAUCGAAGAGUUCCCAAGCGGAGAAAAAGGAAGAAGCAUCGCAAAGCUCCUCAGCUUCUAAAUCGUCAAAUGAAAAAGAAAGCGGGAAAAUUGGCGGAGGCGUAGAAAUCAGCGGAGGCUUAGAAAUCGGCGGAGGCUCAGAAAGCGGCGGAAAUUGGAAAAACGGUGGAAGCUCGGGUAGCAGCGAGAAAUGGAAAAACGGUGAAAGCUCGGAAAACGGCGGAAAAUGGAAUAACGGUGCAAGCUCGGAAAACGGCGAAAAAUGGAAUAACGGCGGAAAUUCGGACAGCGCAAAGUGGAAUAACGGUGGAAGUUCGGAAAACAAAGAAAAAUGGAAGAACGGUGGAAGCUCGGAAAACGGCGAAAAAUGGAAUAAUAACGGAAGCUGGAAGAACGGUGGAAGCUCGGGAAGCGACAAAAAUUGGAAGAACGGUGGAAGCUCGGGCAGCGGCGGAAAAUGGAAUAACGGUGGAAGCUCGGAAAACAGCGAGAAAUGGAAUAACGGUGGAAAUUCCGAAAGUGGCGAAAAUUGGAAUAACGGUGGGAACUCGGAAAGCGGCGGAAAAUGGAAUAACGGUGGAAGCUCGGGAAGUGGCGAAAAUUGGAAGAACGGCGGAAGCUCGGAGAGCGGCAAAAAUUGGAAGAACGGCGGAAGCUCUGAAAGCGACAAAAAUUGGAAGAACGGCGGAAGCUCUGAAAGCGACAAAAACUCGAAGAACGGCGGAAACUCUGAAAGCGACAAAAACUCGAAGAACGGCGGAAACUCUGAAAGCGACAAAAAUUCGAAGAACGGCGGAAGCUCUGAAAGCGACAAAAAUUCGAAAAACGGCGGAAGCUCUGAAAGCGACAAAAAUUCGAAGAACGGUGGAAGCUGGGAAAGCGGCAAAAAUUGGAAGAACGGUGGAAGCUGGGAAAGCGGCAAAAAUUGGAAGAACGGCGGAAGCUGGGAAAGCGACAAAAAUUGGAAGAACGGCGGAAGUUCCGAAAGCGACAAAAAUUCGAAGAACAGCGGAAGCUCUGAAAGCGACAAAAAUUCGAAGAACAGCGGAAGCUCUGAAAGCGACAAAAAUUCGAAGAACAGCGGAAGCUCUGAAAGCGACAAAAAUUCGAAGAACGGUGGAAGCUGGGAAAGCGGCAAAAAUUGGAAGAACGGUGGAAGCUGGGAAAGUGGCAAAAAUUGGAAGAACGGCGGAAGCUCAGAAAGCGACAAAAAUUGGAAGAACGGCGGAAGCUCUGAAAGCGACAAAAAUUCGAAGAACAGCGGAAGCUCUGAAAGCGACAAAAAUUCGAAGAACAGCGGAAGCUCUGAAAGCGACAAAAAUUCGAAGAACGGUGGAAGCUGGGAAAGCGGCAAAAAUUGGAAGAACGGCGGAAGCUGGGAAAGCGGCAAAAAUUGGAAGAACGGCGGAAGCUCAGAAAGCGGCAAAAAUUGGAAGAACGGCGGAAGCUCAGAAAGCGACAAAAAUUGGAAGAACGGCGGAAGCUCUGAAAGCGACAAAAAUUCGAAGAACAGCGGAAGCUCUGAAAGCGACAAAAAUUCGAAGAACAGCGGAAGCUCUGAAAGCGACAAAAAUUCGAAGAACAGCGGAAGCUCUGAAAGCGACAAAAAUUCGAAGAACGGUGGAAGCUGGGAAAGCGGCAAAAAUUCGAAGAACGGUGGAAGCUGGGAAAGCGGCAAAAAUUGGAAGAACGGCGGAAGCUCGGAGAGCAACGAGGGCUGGAAAAGCAGUGAAAAUGGAAAGAACGGCGAAAGCUCAAAAAACAGCGAAUCCUGGAAGAACAGCGAAAAGUCAAACAACGACGGCAGCUGGAAGAGCAGUGGAGAAUCAGAAAAGUGGAAGGAUGGUGAAGUAGUGGUGGAAGGCAGUAUUAGUAUAAACUGGUCAGAUAUCAAAGAGCAGGUUAGCAACAUUGCUACAUCCUUAGAGGAGGGUGGUAACCUCAAGGCUGUAUUGAAAGUAAAGAAAGGGGAAAAGAAAAUUUCAAGUUUGGAGGAAACCAAGGAAAAAGUCCAAGUAUUACUGAAAUGGAUUCAAGAAGGCAAAGAUACUAGCAGCCUAUUAGAUUUGAGAAAGGGUAGCAAGGAUAUUGCGUCGUUGAAAGAAAUCAGAGAAAACAUCCUUUUGAUCAUUAAGUUAGUGAAUGAAGGAAAAGACACUAGUGGUCUUUUAGAUUUAGCAACGAGUGGCAAAGUAAUUCUAGAAUUGCAAAGCGCCAUAGAAGAGGUUCUCGUAAAGUCAGAAAAGAUAACCAAAAUAUCUGAAUCUCUUUCCGGUUUACUAAAAAGCAAAACUGUCUCGGACACAAAACCGCUUCAAGCAGUAAUUCCUUUAGUCCUUGAAUUGCAAAAAACAAGCACUGACCUUAGUAUCUUAAACAAGUGGUCCGCCACUAGUGUAAGUUCUAUUGACAUAGAACGCGUCACGAAAACGGUUCCAGUACUCCUUCAAUCCAUGAAAGAAGGCACAGAUAUUCAGACCCUUUUGAGUGAGAAAGGUGCACAGAAACUUGGCAUUAGUGCUGUGGACUUGCAGGCUGUUCAAGGAGCUCUCGGCUUGGUUGGAAAGCUAAGUUCAGGUGGUGCGUUGAACCUAAAAGGCUUGUUGAACUUGAAAGGUGGCACUAGUGUGUUAAGUACAGGAAAGGUCGGAGGAUUAGUUCCUUUACCGAAACUUUAACAAAUAAAUCGAUAAAGGCAGAUAUACUCUCGGAAGAUUUUGUUUGGAAGUUGAAUAGUCCGCAAAAAAAUUAUUUCUGAUUAUUAUAAUUUAACCUAAAAUAUUAAAUAAAAUGGAGAAAUAUAUGAGAAAUAAGGUUGAAAUAUAUAAAUAAUAAGUUUUAAUUUAUACGUAAUGUGUUGGGAAGAAAUUUCUCUAAUAAUAGGUUGAAUUUAUAAUUUAUCGAUAUAUUGUAAACACGGAACUUGUACUUGUUCAAAGAAAG